ACUAAAAGGACAAAUCAUUCUGAAAAAAUAUACUGGAUAAAAAAGAAAGAUGUCGAACUCUGAGACCAUCGAACUGGCUUGUCUUGGCCGCCCUUUUCAAUUAGGAAUGCUUUAUGACUGCCGAAGAGAUCUCCUCAUUCCAGAUUUGCUGGUGUGCUUGGGAUCAUUGUCCUAUUGCGUGACCCAAUUUUGGCCAAGCUUUAGCUGUCAAACGGAUGGCCUCACAUUUGACUAAUACUUUGGAAUACAGAGGUGGACUCAAUGACUGUGAGGUGCCCUGGUCCUGUGGCCACAAAACUAGCCUAAAAUCAUCAGCCAUCCACCAGCAUGAUUGACUUUUUGUAUGAGGCUGAUAUGCUAUUCUGGCUUUCACCAAAUGUGGCACUGUGCUUUAUGGCCAAACAUCUCCACUUUGGUCUUGCCUCUUCAAAGGACAUUGUUCUAGAAGUCUUAUGGUUUGUUCAGAUGCAACUUUGCAAACCUAAGCUAUCCUGCCAUGUUUUUUUUUUUUUUUUUUUAGAGCGAAAAGGCUUUCUUCUGGCAACCCUUCCAAACAUGCCAUACUUGUCUGGUAUUUUUCUAAUAGUACUGUCACAAACUUUAUCAUUUAGCAUGUUAACUGAGGCCUGUAGAGUCUGAGGUGUAGUUCUUGGGUUCUCUGCAAUUUCUGAUCAUGGGUGAAUUUCGUCUACUCCUGGGAGGAUUGGUUUCUUUCUUGAAUGUCUUCCACUUGUGAAUAAUCUUCCUCACUGUGAAAUGAUGGACUUCAAAAAUUGUUCGGAAAUGGCCUUAUUACCCUUCCCAGUCUGACGGCAGCAACAAUAGCUUCUGUAAGAUCAUUGCUGAUGUCUUUCCUCUUUGGCAUUGUUAACACACAUCUGAAAGCUCCAGACCAGCAAACAGACAAAUCUUUUGCUUUUAUAGAGGUGCCCACACUUGCUGAUGAUCGGUUAAUUAAAGGAAUAACACUUUGGGAUGCUGAGAUGCUGCAGAAGAAUAUUAAUGUAAGGCCACAGCCAAACACUGACUUCAAAAUAAUUGCCACAGAUUCAAGUGAAGACAAAGCCAGUGCUCUUAAUGUCUCUGCAUCUCUUGAAGCCAGCUUUCUGUGUGGAUUAGUCAGUGUGAAAGGAUCAGCAGAGUAUUUAAAUAACAAGAAGUCAUCGAAACAUCAUUCUCGGGUCACCUUACAGUAUUAUACAACCUCGCGCUUUGAGCAGUUAACUAUGGAGCAUCUUGGGGCAGGGAACGUAAAGCACUGCAAUGUAUUUCAGGAGGGCUCGGCCACACAUGUUGUUACAGCUCUACUGUAUGGAGCUCAAGCAUUCUUUAUUUUUGAUCGUGAGGUUUCGUCCAAUGAAAACCAUCAAAAGAUACAAGGUGACCUCCAAGCAUCGAUCAAAAAGAUACCUUUAAUAUCAGUAGAGGGUCAGGCAUCUUUAAAAAUGAAUGAGAUGGAACAAGAGAAAAUUGACAAGUUCAGCUGCACUUUUCAUGGAGAUUUUGCUCUGGAAAACAAUCCAGUCUCCUAUGUCGAUGCCAUCAAGGUGUACUCAGAGCUACCAAAAAUGUUGGGAGAACAUGGAGAGAAUGCUGUGCCCAUGACCGUGUGGCUUUACCCUCUGAAAAAACUAGAUUCAGCAGCCGCUCAGUUAGUCCGGGAGAUCAGUGUUAGCCUAAUACGACGUGCCCAACGGAUCAUGAAUGAACUGCAUAAUUCUGACAUUCAAUGUAAAGAUCUGAUGAGGGACAAUAUUGCCAUUCAAUUCCCUGAAAUCACAGCUAAGAUCAGUAAUUGUAAAGACUUCUGUUCAGAGUACAAAAUUGUUUUUCAGAAACAUCUCUGCAGGCUUCUUCCAUCCAUAAGGGGUGGAGGAAAAGAAGAACAGGAGCUUAUUGAUGCCCUGAAUGACAAAGAAAGAUCCCCAUUUAAGGGUGCUUUGAUAACCAAGUUUCUAAAUGAGCGAGAGCGAGAGAUGAAUGUUGUUAGAUCGUACCUCGAAAUCAUGAAAGAUGUCCCUGUUCUUUCAUCCAGCAACGACUUGGAUAAAGUUGUCUUGAAAGCAUCCAAUAACUAUGUGAUAGCUUUUGCACUUACCUCCUUAAACAAAAAGGAACCAUACCUUUCAGACUUGGAGAAUUACCUGAAGGCACAAUCCUGUAACAGUGGAGAGCAGAUAAGUUUUGAUCAAAACUCCUCAAAGAAGACAGAGAAAUGGUUUUCAUCAGGAGAUGCAACUACAUUGACCAGGGCAACCAUACAAGCCUUCCUAGAUUUUAAAGAAGCCAAUAAAGGAAGAAAAAACAUUGAAUUCUGCAUUGCAUCAAUCCCAGAUGAACUUAGCACUGCCUCUUCAAUUCAUGUUUAUGAAAGAGGGAGACUCAUCAGCUCACAGUAUGAGCUUCCCUCAAAACCACCAAUGCCCGUUUUCUUGAGUGCUGAGCAUGACUGCAUACAUCUGCAAAUCAAACCUCCUGACCGCGGGGUGAGCUGUGUGGACUCCUACUGUAUUUCAUAUCAGUCUGCACAGAGCUCUGAAUGGAAAGAUGUGGAUACUAAUGGGGUUUCUGAUCAGGUAACUGUCAAUCAGUUAAAACCACAUAAAGAAUAUUGUUUUACCUGCAAGGCUGUGUGUCGUCCAGGAGUAAGUCUGACAAGUGACACAACAUCAUUCUUCAGGACUCGUCCAUGUGCUCCUCCUGGAGCACCUACAGUAAAACAAGUAGAAUCUGAGUCAGGAACUGUAGUCUGGGAUGUUCCUACAUCUGUGGGUGAGGAUGUUCUGAUCACUGGAUACAUGUUGGAGUUUAGAGAAUGCACAAAGGAUCAUGAAAGUGAAAGGCCUUGGAAGUCUGUGAAAUCUACAAACAGGGAGUGCACUCUUCAGGGACUGAAAGGAGACACAAUUUACACGGUCAGAGUUUUUGCAAACUGUGGAAAUGAUGGAGUGAGUCUCCCCAGUCCUGAAACUUUGUUUUCGGACAGUUUUAAGGGUAAAGAAUCAAAUAAGGAUGGGAGUGGGUUGUUCUUGAAUCAAUCUUUACGAAUAAAAAAGGGCAAUCCGUCAAUCCAUUCACUGAAGCUAUACAAAAAAAUGUCAGAGAAUGUAAGUUUUAAUCAGUAUGUUUUCGAAAGAAAGGUGGAGGAUGUGAAAAACAAAGUAAUUCUUCUUUUGGGAUCAACGGGUGCAGGAAAAACCACGCUCAUCAAUGUGAUGAUCAAUUACAUACUAGGCGUAAAAUGGCAGGAUGCAUAUCGCUUCAAACUGAUCAAUGAAGUGACCAAUCGCACACAGGCCGAGAGUCAGACAUCUAUCGUCUCAUCUUUCGAGCUGUACAAUCAGCCUGGCUUUCAAAUUCCCUAUUCUCUCACAAUUGUAGACACACCAGGAUUUGGUGAUACAAGAGGAAUCGCACAUGAUAAACUUAUUACAGAGCAGGUCAAAAGCUUUCUUUGUAGCCCUUUGGGAAUCGAUCACAUUGAUGCCAUCUGCUUCGUUGUCCAAUCCUCUCUUUCCCGCCUGAGUGGCACCCAGAAGUACAUCUUUGACUCAGUCUUAUCCAUUUUUGGCAAAGAUGUCGUAGACAACAUCCUAAUUUUGGUGACAUUUGCAGAUGGUAAAGACACCCCAGUUCUAGAAGCUAUCAAAGCAGCAGAUCUGCCCUGUCAAAAGAAUAAAAAGGGACAGCCCACCCAUUUCAAGUUCAACAAUUCAGCUGUGUAUGCAGACAAAAAUGUAGAAGAGCCUACAACCUCUGACAGUGAUUCAGAUGAUGAUGAUGAUGGAGGAGAUAAACUGACUGAGCUUGUCUGGGACAAAACCUUCAAACAGAUGAAGGCUUUUUUCAAGACACUGGGGACCAUUGAAAGCAAAGAUCUGUCCAUGACUAUAAAGGUCUUAGAGGAACGAGAGCGCCUUGAGAAAGCCAUGACAAGUCUGACCCCUCAAAUAACUGCUGGUCUCUCUAAAUUGAGUGAGAUCAAAAAAUUCAAGCUAUGUUUGGAAAAUGAGAGCGAGAGCAUGGCAAAAAAUCAGAAUUUUGAACAAGAGGUGGAGGUGAUGAAAGCAAAGAGAACCCCUGUAAACUGUUUUACCAUGAACUGUAACAACUGCUUCUUCACAUGUCACUCCAACUGCUUCCUCCCUGCAGAAGACUCUGUGCAAACUUGUGCUGUGAUGGAGGCUGGCCACUGCAUUAUCUGCCCUGAAAACUGCCAUUACUCUGCUCAUUCAAGGGAAAAUUUCAUGUGGACUUAUGAAACAAAAAUAGAAACAAAAUCCAUUAAAGAGCUAAAAGACAACUUCAUGGCGGCUAAAGGAAAGUUCAUGGACACAAAGCAAAUGCUUGAUGCACUUGAAAAGGAAUUCCAUGGAAUUGAGGACAAACUAAUGAAGCUGAUCAGAUUGUCCUCUGAUUGCAUAAGAAGACUAGAUGAAAUUGCACUUAAGCCCAAAUCUCUCUCCACAGCCGAAUAUCUCGAAAUCCUGAUAAAAACCGAGAAAGAGGAGAAAAGUCCUGGCUUUGAGGACCGCAUUGUUGGACUUGAGAAGAUGAAACAAGAAACUCUUAUCCUGGAAAAGAUUGCUAAAGGGGAAAAUUUGCUUGAAAAAGAGCGCAAAAUCAUGGUGGAGAGAGAGAAGCGAAUGAAGACUGUCGCCCUGAAAAUUCAGAAAAUUACGAAAGUUGUUAGUGGCUUACAGUCACAGCACAAUCAGGAAACACACAAUCAAAAGGAUGCAAGUGCUUGCCUUGACGGCCAAGAGAUGUCCUCAACAAAAUGAAAGCUGAUUAUUUUAAAGACACUUAGCAAAACUGAAAAUCUGCUUAUCAUGAUGUUGCUUAACAAACAUUAAUGCUUCAUUCAUCUAUUGAUCAAACCUUAUUUGACAUUAAGAAUACUGAAUUUAGAAGUCAAUUCAUGCUUGUAUUUGUGCUUCAAUGAAGCAAAGUCAAAUUUCCCAAUAAUCCAAUAAUAGUGCUAGCAACAAUUACAUUUUUUUCCAUCUUUGUUUUUAGUCUUUAGUGAAAUCAUUCAAACUUUUAGAUACUGUAAAAUACUAUAAGAAAACAAUGUAUGAUAUCAUGCACUUCCAUUAAACAACCAAAGCCAAAGUGUCAGCCGCCUCACAGCUGACUGCUACAACUACUAUACUGAAAAGAAAUUAAAAGACUGUCAUUUAUUUGAAGUGCAUUUUUAUUUGUCUAAUUGAAAAUCGUAGAUUGUAAUUGAAAAUAGAGUUUCAUUCAGUUUGACUUACUCCCCAUAGAAAUAAUUAAAAUUAAUAUUUUUAUUUAAAUUGUAUUUUCACUUGACACCAGAAUGUUGAUGUGCAGAACACAUAUGCUGGCUAUUUAUACUGACUACAGAAAUUAUUGUGAGUUUUAUACAUAUUUUGGUGUUUUUUGUUUGCUGAUAAUGCAUAACUAACAUAAGUAAACUAAAUUAAACAUUGACUAACACAGAUCUACUCAAUUAGAUAAUUUGUGAUCUAUAAAACAAAAUUAUAUUUCUUUUCUAAAUUUGAUUUCUUUGCAAUUAACAUAAUUCUCCCGCACUGAAAUGCAGGCUCUGGUACAUAAUUAAAUCAUUGAAAAUCCAACA